GGCAAUUUUUUCAAGUUGAAAUUAUUAGAGAUUGAAUCAUUAAAGCAAUUAAACAUAAUUAAGUGAUAAAAUGAAAACAAUUUUGAUUUUCAUAUUAAUGAUGUCUUUAAAAAUAAGCUUAAGUGUAUAUGUAUCAUAUUUACAAUGCACCCAUUCUCGUUAUUUUCUAAACUUUUUUAGUCAUAAUGAAAGAUUUUUGUUAGAAUUUGAAAAAAAUAAAGAUUAUAUCACAAUAGAAAAUCUUAUGAACUAUGGCAAGGCACUUCAAACACAUGGUAAAGUAAUUAUGAUAUUUUUGGAUGACGUGAUGAAUUAUAACACCAAUAUAUUUCCUUUUAAUUUGAUGACGAUAAAUUUGUAUUUAAAUAACGUUACUGGCUCUUUAAAUAUGAUUGCUCAAAAUGAAAAUGAUGAAAAAAAUGAUGCAAAAAAUUUAUUUGAAGGCUAUAAGAUUAUUCAUUUUGCAGUUAAAGAACAACUAAAUAUUUUCAUAAAUAGAAAUUGUAAUAAUUAUUCUUUUAAUUAUCAUAUGGUUAAUUGCAAUCCUCCAAUCGGUGAAAACGAGUACACUACUAAUAACCUAUUAAACGUAAAUGAUGGUCUUAAGAAUCGAAUACUAACAAAGUUAAGAAAAUCAGUAGAAAGAAAUUCGUACAACAAUUUUCAUCCGAAAUUUAUAUUGUUUUGCGAUCUAAUGACCCAACACAGAGAAUUAAACCAAAUUCGAUUCACUCCACUUGACAUUCAAUGCUCUAACCAUACUCGUUUAACUUUACACGAUAUAUUUCAGUAUAUGAAAUAUAAUUUUAAUUCUAACGAUGUUUUAAGAUACACGAAAAUGGUAAUUGUGGCUACAUUUCGGCCAAUAGGUAUACUUAUUCGCAACUUUUUAACCUUAAUUCAAGUAACAUCUUCAGAAAAUUCAGACAGUGUAACAUCUUGGUUAAAACCGACAUUAAUUAAAAAGGGUAAAAAAAUAAUAAGUUAUGUAAUAGACUUCAUUUUACUCCAUAUCUUCGAUUUUAAAAAGAAAUUUAUAAUAAACGACGUCCUUAAUAAGUUUGAUAAUAUCUUAAACACUUAUAUUGUAAAAAAAAAGAUGACCGAAAUUGAUAAUAUAAAAAUUAAUACAUCAAUAAAAAAACUUUCGAAAUUCUUCAUCAAAAAUAAAAUAUACUUUACAAGUGAUAUAGUUCUAACCAAUGAGAAUAUUAAUGAAAAUAAUGCUGAUCAAAUUAAAAAUCAAUUGGAACAAAUCAUGAAACAAGUUGAUAUCUAUAUGAUAGAUUUGAAAAAAUGGAGUGAUUAUUUUAAUCUAAUUAGAAUAAAAUUUAAAAUUCGGUCUUUCAGUAUUACAGAUCAUAAUACAUUUAUUGAUUAUAAAGUUAAAGAUCAUAUUUGUAAUACUAAAACACAUUUUGAAAUAUACAAAUCUGGUACGAACGAUAGCAAUAAAAUUAUUAUAGAAUAUUUUAAAGAUGUGGAUGUUGUGAAAAAUGAUAAUACAGAAUUUAACUUAGAGAAUGUAAAAAAUAAUUCUGAUGAAAAUAAUAUCGAUAGAAAUGACUCUCUUGAAAAUCAAUUAAACUUUAAACCUCGUUAUAUGAUUGAAUACUGGCCAUACAAUAAGUAAAGAGAUGUUAUUAAAUUUUUUUUUUUAAAUAAAUACUGUAUAUUGUCAUAACUAAUUUGCAAAGUUUUUUUUUAUUUUAUUAUACUCCAAGAAUCUUUUAACGCUAGCCACUCAAUUUCAGUUAAAAUAAUAAUUAUGUUAAGAAAAUUAUUUUGGUAUAUUGUAGAUUUAAAUAUUUUUGAUUUUUAAGUUAUUAAAGAUGUGUUUUUAAUUCAUGCCUAUUACCUUAUAAGGGUGUUAACU